AGCUUUUGAAUCAGAGUGAGCGCGAUGGCUUCUUCCCAACGGCUACCUGCAACAGCUUCCUGAAAAUCCUCUUCUCUCCCGUAUUUGCUUUCUUGGAGAUCAUUUACGGCUUCCUCUAUCUCCAUAGUAGAUCCAAGAGGCGCCAAUGGUGGUGGAUGUGGCGGCUGGAAUAAUGGUGGCACUUACAAUGUUUCAUCUUCAGCAACGGCUCUCACAACAGAUUUUAUCAAACCCUCUUUUCUCCAUUAUGCACCCAUGACGUCCCCUAAAUCCAUAUAUCUGAUGGAUUAUUCAAGGAUUCGGCCCUCUUCACUGCUGAUUCCCUCUCUGAAGAAGAUGGCGUUGUUUCUGGGUCAGGUUUUAACAGUGUUAAAAAAUGCUCUGCAUCCCAGGCGACUCACCAGCAUAGAGUCUUCAAUGGCUGCAAACCAAACCGCAAUCGAUAUCAGAUGGAUGAGAACGCUCCUAAUUUUAAGAUGGUGGAAGGAGGACACAGUGGGAGUGGUAACAGGGGCCAACAAAGGCAUUGGGUAUGCAAUUGUUCGUCAGUUGGCAGAGAAUGGGAUUUGUGUGAUAUUAACAGCAAGAGAUGAAGAAAGAGGUAAGGCUGCAGCCAAGACUCUCAGUGAUGAAGGCUUUCAUAAUGUUGUGUUCCAUCAGCUGGAUGUGCAGGAUGAGAGCAGCAUCCAGGCGUUUUCCAAUUGGGUUAAAGAAAAAUAUGGGAAACUGGAUAUCCUGGUUAAUAAUGCUGGAAUAUCAGGACUUGAAAUUAAUUAUGACAUUUUGAAGGCCAACAAUACUGAUCCCACCAAAUUAAUUACUUCCGGUGGCACUAUAGAGGGAAUAUCUGAAUCUUAUGAAAAGGCGGAGGAGUGCAUAGACAUUAACUACUAUGGCACCAAAAGAAUGGUGGAAGCUCUUCUUCCUCUUUUGAAACUUGCUAGUGAAGGUGGUGGUAGAAUUGUAAAUAUGACUUCUCGGGCUGGAGUGUUAGAGGCAUCAAAUGGAGAUCUCUUCAAGGAAAAUCAAGCCGGAUCAAGGACGGUCUUCGCCGGGACGAUCAAGCCAGGACAGGGGCGACCUCUCUCAAUCCAGUAUUACAAGGCGAGGUACAUCAUCAUCCUGCACAUCAAGGACACAAGGAGUUAGGACAAGAGUUAAUUAAAGAUAGCCUCUCAACGACAUCAAAUUGAAUAUCUAGCAAGCUACAAGUGUCAGAUGAGGUGGCAUCCUAGUCAUCACUCCUCCAGUCAGUGUGGUCCACCUCAGCAUGUCCAGAUUCAAUGUACUUAACUCAUGGAAGGUGGCACAAACUCCGAUGUACCUACCCCAGCCAUCCAUUGGUCAAUUUUUCUAGAAGGGACAUGUGUCCAAGCAAUACAAUUUUAUCAUUGGUCAAGCAUUAAAUGUUAUGUAAUGGUUGUAACAAACCCUAAUUAGGGUUUUCAUUGUUGAAUCUUGGCCAUUGAUCUUGAAUUGAUCUAAGCCAUCAAAUUGUAUUGUGGGCACUAUAUAAGCCCAGGCAUUUCAUUUGUAAAGGCUAAUUAGCAAUUGUUAGAGAUAGUAUGUAAAUAGUUAGAAUAGUUAGAGAAUAGUUGGAAGCAAUUAGAGUAGAAUAGGAGGACAAGGCAAGAAAUUGUUGCCAUUGAUUGUAAACAAACUCCAUUUUCAUUGAAGUAAUGGUGAAGUGUGUCGUUUCUUGCAAUUUGCAUGGUUUCUUGUUGAGUCUUCAAUCCUAGAUGGUAGAUGAUUAGAUGAAUGGAGGAAAUGUGAUUGAUUAAUGGUGGAAUUCGU